AUGUCCGCGAAGGCUUUAAGCGAGCUUUCGGGUAAAGAAUUGCUUUAUCGAUACCUCGAGUCCAGUGGUCUGAUCGAUGCUCCAUCGGCUGUUCGCGUAUCUACUGGCGACGAUUUCGACUCCGUGGUGAAAGGAGUGACCUGGUUGAGUGGUGGUCAGAAAGCGGUCAUAAAACCCGAUCAGCUAAUAAAGCGACGUGGAAAGCAUGGACUUGUAAAAUGCGGACCAGUGAAAGAAAUUAAGGAAUGGUACCAAGAAAGGGCAGGAACAAAUGUGAAGGUUGGCAAAACUACUGGACGUCUCCACACAUUCAUUAUCGAGCCAUUCUGCCAACAUACUGAUGCAGAUGAACUGUACGUUGCGAUAUUCAGUCAAAGACAUCAUGAUGUCAUCAUGUUCUACGAGCACGGUGGCGUCGAU